CAACUAUCAACGCCUUAAGAAACAUCAGAUAGGUACCAUCAAGACAUUAAGCUUAUUUUACUUUGCCGACGGCAGCAGCUACCAAUUGCUUCACCAUUGAGUUCCAGCGCAAAUGUACCUACUAUCGCUUACAGAAAGUUGACCUAUGGCUGAUGUCGCUGAGGCUAUUGCGGCGGCCAUUGCUGCUGCCGCGCCACCGACUAGCCCUACCAUUAAAACCGAGGUAGGUGAUGCUAUGGUCCUGGAUCAUGCACCCGAACCGCCCCAGUCACCUUUAAAGAGACCGCGAAGCCCCGACGAAGAUGGCGAUCAACCGAGAGACGAAAAGCGACCCAAGAUAGAAAACGAAGGGGCAAACGAGAUGGAUGAGAUUGCCCUCUUGGUCCAGCAAGCCCAGGCCGAAGCUAUGCAACACUUCCAGUCGGAACCUGAUAAAGUUGACGAUGCGCCCUCGAAUGAUAUAGACCAUUUCCACAACAUAUCCAAUGAUAUAGCCAACGGCCUAAACCAAGAUAUACACCACGAUGUAUCAGGGCUCGAUGCGGAAUUCGAACAGCGAGCGCCAAGUCCCGUUGACAAUCCAGAGCCGCGCCCCGAGUCUCUAUGGAGUAACCCUAGGGAUUUCACGCGACGGAAGCAUAUCAUACCGGCACUUGGUAGUCUAGCUGUCGACAUCAUUACCGCAUGGUCUGAACAAUCCUUAGAGGAUACAAUUGCCACUCUAAGCGGUGAUUCCGACUCGGAUAUCGCGAAAGAGUACGCCCUAUUAAAAAAUGCCUUCGAUAUUCAGCGGAAGCAACUUUCCGAUACACAUCCACUGCUAUACCCCGAGCACUUGAACGUUACCAGUCAGACCCGAGAAGUGAUUAGGAUAGUGAAUCUUGCAACAACAUGCGCAAGCGUUUUUGGUACCAACGAGCUUGGUUUAGAAGAGGUUAAUGACCAUUUUCUGCGGAUAUUCGUUCCAGAGAACCAUGAAGUACCCCGCGACGCGGCAGAAUUAUAUAUGGGCCUCAAGACUCAGAUUUUUCUUGCUGUGCUCGAAAACGAACAAGAAAAAGCUAGGGAUCAGUUUCUAGACGACCUCUUUGUUACGAGGUUGGAGAGUUCUCUACAAGAGCACCACCCGAGUCUUCCCUUGACGACUGCUGAGCAUGAAUUUAUUGAAAAUGCCAAAGCGCGGAAAGCAAUGCUCUUGAAUGAGUCUGCCGAUAUGGACAGUAUUCAAGCGCUCAGUAAACAGUUCACAUAUGAGGCCUUCCUUGAUAGCCUAAGCACGUUUCUCAAUGACCACAUAGAGAGUAUCAGAACCCAAGGUACUGGAACGGUGGAGACCACAACAGCGGUGGAGGAUAUCGUGCAAGACGAACAUGCUGGCCAAACCCUAGACGAGACUUUUGACAUCAAUGCCAUGAUUGCUGAGGCCUCGAGGGCGGCGCAGAGCGCUUUAGAGACAGGUGGAGAAGAGUCUCAUGAAUUGGAUGAUCUCUCGGCAUUUCUUGCAGAAAAUGUUUCUAAGGCGGUCGAGCAGGCAAAAGAAAGCGCCACAAGCACAGAACUACCAUCUGCUAUCGCAUCCGCGGCGGAAAGUGCCUCAAGGGCGACUAUGUUGGCUUUACAAAGCAUUCAACAGAACCAGUAUCACCCUACAACACUCCCUCAAGCUUCUGCUCAAGCGCCCGCAGCUCCAACUCAGAAUCACAACACCUACCAAGCUCAGCAGACGCAACAGACACAGCCACAACAGCAGUACUACCAUUACCAGCAACAGCAUACAGCUAAUGGGAUGCCUUCUUAUCAAACGGCAAACGAUCAUCUUCCUCCAAAUCAAAGCGACUCGACACCAGCACUCUACGAGCGUGCCCGACAGGCGGCGGCAGCUCGGUCUUCCACUCAUGCACGACGGGAAGGUUCGCAUUCUACCCGACGUCCCUGGAGUCCGGAGGAAGAGAAGGCGCUUAUGAUGGGACUCGACAUGGUUAAAGGCCCUCACUGGUCGCAAAUAUUGUCACUUUUUGGACCAAAUGGAUCCAUUAGCAAUAUCCUUGCUGAUCGUACCCAAGUCCAAUUAAAGGACAAAGCUAGGAACCUAAAACUUUUCUUCCUCAAGACGAAUUCAGAAAUGCCGUACUAUCUCCAAUGCGUUACCGGCGAGCUGAAGACUAGAGCUCCUACUCAGGCAGCCAGGAAAGAAGCUGAGGAGAAGGCAAGACUCAACUCGGAGGAACAACAAGCACACGUGAAUGGUAUCUUAACAUUGGCGGGCGGCCUACAGAACAAUGCUCCCCCCAGACACAGCCCUUCAGCAGGAGUGCCUAGAGGCGCAACGCCCAGUCAGGCGGCGUUAUCUCACCCUGGAUCGCAACCAGGAACGCCGAGAAUCUCGCAUCAAUCCAUCCAACAGUCUACGCCAAUACCAUCCUCUCUACCUCGCCCUGUUAUACCCGCCCCACAGCCAGUUAGCCUCCCUACCUUCACAUCUUUGUCCCAUUACCACACACAGUCACAUGUCUCUCAGACCGAGCGACAACCUACUUCUAUAACGAAUACCCCUACAUCUCCAGCAAUGGCUCCGACAACGACUCAAGCCGCUGCUGCCGUGUCGCCGCCCAUCAUGGCUUCAGCUACGACCGGUACCUCAGAAAGCAAUGAAGCGGAGAAGAACGAACUCAGCAGUGUUGACGUGGCUGUGCUUGGUUUGAGAGCCGCUUUAGAGAGAGAACGAGAAAGAGAAAGGGAAAGCGAAAAGGAAAGGGAAAGAGAAAUGGAAAGAGAAAGAGAAAGAGAGAGGGAACGGGAAAGGGAACGAGAGAGAGAAAAUGACGCGCUAGCUGCUGCUGCCGCUACAACUUACUCUGAUGAAGGAACAAUACCCUCUACUAAUUCUGCUACACCCGCGGCUACGUCGACUGAAUAGGACCCAGUUCUAAUUGACGGGUGCGGCUUGUGUUAAUUUCUAGGUAGAACUUACGAGACUUAUGUUUUGCGUGAUUGAUACCCCUGGGCGGUGUUAGCGAUUUGGAGACAGCACGAAAGUCAAGGCAUGGCUAGGCACAAACAGUACAUAGUUGCUAUAAACAAAUGAAAAAGUCAACCAUCCAAGUUGUACUGACUUCUGAGUGCGGAUUGUGUUAUACAAGUUCGCUUGGAUCCGCCCCGCGGGCCGCAACUACUCAGCCUUGGAUACGGAUACGUGCGGCUUUAUGAUGCACUCUACCGAGAAAGAGUAUCGGGCAGUCUUCUAGAAGUUCCUGUCGCUCGCCAUACUAGUUGUUUCUUUGUUAACUAGUAAUAUGAUAUGUUAAAGAGGUACACGUGCAAACAUAUUAGGUAGGUAGGUAGGUAACUGGGA